AUGGAAGAUAUUAAAAAUAAAGCUAAGGAGGAAUUACAAUUAAAAGAACAAUUAUUAAAUAGUUUAUAUCCUAUUAUUAAAUUAAUGAAUUCACUUCUUUUGAUUGAUAAUUCUUUAACAAUAGAAGAUAAUUCAAAGAAAAGUUUUGAAGAAUUAUAUGGUCAGAAAACUACAAAAGAACAUAAAUCUUCUUUAAAUGAGAUAAAGAAGUCUAAGAAUAAAAUGGGCUUUAAAUCUAAUGCACAAAAUUGUAAAAAUGUUAGCACUUUGAUUCAAUGUGAAGAAUGUGACAAAAAUGCUAAUUCUACAAAUGUACAGGAUUCUAAUAGUACAAAUAAUUCUAUGAAAAAAUUAUUCUCUAAUGUUAAAGUUGAUAAUACUUUAACAUGCAAUAGUCCUAUUGAAGUUUCAUAUUAUUCAAGUGAAUUGUUUAAAGAAGCACUUUGUUUUAACUGUGGUUUAGAAUAUGAAGAACAUAUUAACUAUGAUGAGUAUUUUCCAUUUGUGAAGAAUGCAACACAUCAGUUAGGAAUAAAAAAAGAGGAAGGAAAGAAAAGAAAUUUGUAA